AUGUCCCGCGCUGCCCUCUCCCGCCCGGCACUUCCCGCCACACCAGUCGUCCUUCAGAGCUCCUGCCAGCAUCCUGCCCGCAUCCCACCACACGUCCUCGGCAUCGACUUUACAUUUCUCCAGUCGCACGAAUAUGGUCCUGCAUGGGACCACCUCCUGGAGCUGCUCCACAGCGACGAGCCCACCGUGCGGCACGGAGCCUUGAGAACCAUCGCUGCCGUCUCGACCUCCAUUACGCGAAGCACAACUCUCGAGACCCGCAAGCGGCUGGUGAAGACGCUCUGCGAUAUUGUUGUCGCUGAUGAGUACCAACGAUCGUCGGGUCUGGCCGCCUUCCUGCUCGGCUGCUGCUGCGACUUCAUGAACAUGAGCGACUUUCCCAAUCAUCUCUUCGCCAUCGCCAUCAAGAUUGUGAUGCAGCAGGCUCUCCGCGUCUUUCCCGAGGAUCCCGACAAGGCCCUCCAGUCCAGCCCGUCACUAUUCCACCAAAACACAUAUGCCCCUCCCCAGACUUUCUACUCGCGAAUCCACUACCUCUGGUGUCUGUCGCGCUUCUCUGCCUCCACCAAGGACACGGACUUGGUUCAGCGCCUCACCGGCUAUCUCGACCGCCUGUUGCCGAUUCUCUUGGCCCCACAGACCCACUUUCUGUUGCUCGCCGCUUCGCUCCACUGCAUUUCCUGCGAUAUGCCCAUCACCAAUCAAAACAGACGCCGAGUCGAAACUCUCUUCAAGCCCAACAUCCAGCUGACCACUGACAAGAUCAACGAGGAAGAGGCGGCAAUCCUCGCCGCCAUGCAGGCCGCCACCGCCACCAACAUACCCAGCUCAAGCUCCGGGCCAAAGCGGAGCAUCCAUCCGCUGGUCAAGAAGGAGAUCGAGCUCUUCUGGAUGAGAUGGUACAACCGUCCCACCGACAAAGUCCUUGUUUCCGUUCGGUCAUCACCCGAUAACCUCACCCAUCUGGCAGAGGGCUACUCCAACCGCCGCUGGACCUGGCUCUUUGACGACGCCGGCACGGAUUUGGUCCCCAUGGGCGACUCGGCUCUUGAGGCUGCUCGCUCAAAGCGCCUGGCAAUCAAGAAAAGCAUGUCCGCUGCGCAGCCACUCGAGAUUUCGACCGACUCGAUCAUGAUGCCGCUGUAUUCGGAUUGCCGUCCAGAGAAGAGGGGUAUUGUCAAGAAAAAGAAGCAGCCCGUCGUCGACACCGUUUCAACAUCGCGCCCGACUUCAUCCGAGAUGCAGGACAUUCUCAAAACCGAGCUUGAUGUUCCGCCCGGCAGUGGCUCGGUUUCCUUCAACAUCAUCCCUCCCACCCUUGGAUUCACGCGCUUCCCAUUCAAGAAGACUGUCUACCUCAACAACAAGUCCCACAGCAAGAGCACCGUCUUCCAGCUUCAAGUUUAUCCCUUGAAAUACUUCAACGCCACGCCGCCCUUUGGAGUUCUGGAGCCAAAUGGCUCCAUGGCCAUCAACAUCACAUAUACGCCCCGCCCCUUUGAUCAGACCUUCAAGACCGAGAUUCAGGGUUUCAUCCGCGUACGCGACGAAAACGGAUUUCCGAUCGAGAGAGUCUAUCCGCAGAUGCUCGACUUUGGCUUCUGCCCACUCAACGAAACCCAGAGUCUCAUCAUCAAUCUCCACAGCUUGCUGCCUAUCGAGGUGGCUCAUGUGUUUGUCAUCAUCCAGUCGAAAACCAGCUCCAUGUUCCAGUUGGUUUCAACACAGCUGACCACCCCCGCUUUUGCCCGCCGGCAAUUUACCAUCAAGUUCACGCCAACCGCCCUCGGCCCCGUCCAGGACCGUGUCGCCUUCGUCACCUUUGGUGGCAAGUUUGGGUUCUUGACCCUGAAGGGGGUCGGCGGCUCGGCCCUCAGAGUCUUGGACUCCAAGCUCGACUUUGGCCCCACGGACCACUAUUACAGCGCAGCCUCCAAGUCACUUGUCCUGCGCAACUGCCAGCUCAAUCACAGCCUCCCGGUCACCUUCGAGACGAGCACGCACGAGAUCAUUGUCAACAACGGAGAGCCUGUCUUUCUGGCUCCCGGCGAAGAGCGCAAGAUCAAGGUCGAGUUUCUCUCCAUCAUCGUUGGCAUGCGCCAGGAGAUGCUCAAGAUCCACGCGCCGCGAUCCGAUACUGUCUGCGUGGACUGCCUCACCAUCUCGGGGCCGAAUGUCAUCGUGCCAGUGCUUGACAACAUCUGGCUACCCUCGACCCUCAUAGGCCACGUUUCUGUUGUCUACAUCCCCCUUUCGAACCUGUCCAACUCGACGGUGCAUCUGACCCUGGCAGUGCAGAAGCAGUCGCCCUUCAAGAUCACCCUGCUCAACACCGACUAUGCCAACCGCGGAAGCUCCAUCUCCAUCGACCUUAAGCCCUGGGAGGGCCCGGAGCACAGCGGCGUUUCGCUCACCAUGGGCCCCAAGCUCACCGCCGUUGUGGAGGUGCGGCUGCUCUCAGCUAACCACGGGUCGUUUCGAUCAACUUUUAGUGUCCAGAUGACAAAGCCGCGCAAGGCCGCCAUCGCACUGCUUCAUCUGAACGGACUCGUAUUCAGCGACUACUACAUGACCAACGAGGACGAGCUCGCGAACCUGCACAGCUUCUUCCACCAUCCCGACUUCACGGUGCCCACGGGCAAAUACGAUGGCCAGAUCACCACCGAUCCUCUCGACGCCAGCCCACAGUCCGAGCUGCUGGAGCUCAAACCCGGCCUCCAGACCGUCUUCAGCGACUUUUUGCGCGACUUUGGCGAGACCAUGUGCGAGUAUGUUACCCUGGUCAACAUCUCUACCUCGUCGCAGCACUACUGCAUCUGGAUAUCACCUCCCUUCUCGACACUGAUCCCGCUCGAGGGUAUCCUCGAGGCCGGCGCCUCGCUCGACAUUCCCAUCAACAUGAGCCGCGAUUUCUUCCGAUACGAAGUGCCUCCGGAUGCCAAACGCUACUCUGCGAUGGGCUCGAUCGUCGUGAUGGACCGCAACGAGCUCAAGUUUGGGGUCACCAGCAGCACCUUGGUCGGGAUCAUGAGCGACCUUGUUGUCCUGGAGAUGCGCCACCCUCUGGACCGCAUCAAAUUCCCCACCAGCAGCACGGGCGAGAAGUUCACCAAGCGCGCCAUCAUCCGCAACUGUGCGCCGAUCGAGAUGGUGUGGGAAGGCCGCACCGCCAAUGCGCGGUCGGAGCAGGAGGUCAUUCCCUUUGCUGCCGCAAAGAUGAGCAUGGAGGCGUGUCCGUUUUCGCUGGCAAGUACCCAAGUGACCCUCAAGCCAUUCGAGUGCUACUUUUUGGAUAUCAUCUGCCAGUCCAACUCGAGCGGCAGCUUCAACGGACGGCUGGUCAUGCAGUACCAAGAGUCCAUCCCGCACCUGAGCGACUGGAACCGACUGCCGCCCAGUACCAUCCACCGAUCGAUGCCGUUCGUUGCCCUCGACUGCAGCGUUGGCGAGAACGAGCUCACCUUCCAUCCCGUGUCCGAGUUUGUCGACUUUGGCGAGGUCCAGCUCGGCCAGACGUACGAGAAGGAGCUGGUCCUCGUCAAUCGGCAGCACCUCAACACCGCCACGGCCAUCUCGACGGCGCACCCGUUUUCCGUCCCCGAGUCCGAAAUCGUGGUCGCGCGCUCGUCAAAGAAAGAGAUCAUGAUCGAGUUCCGGCCAACCUCGUUUGGCGUCGCCUUUGGCUCGAUGGUGCUGUCGUACAUUGGCAGCUCAAGGUUCCUAUCGCUUGUCGGCCUGGGCGGAAUUUCGGUCCUCAGGUCCAACCUGGCCGAGCCUCUCAAGAUCCCGGCGGCAUCCCGCAUUGCCGAUGUCGUGCAGGCACCCAAGCACACGGUGUUCUAUGGGAUGGUCAACAUCACCCAGCCCAAGACCAUGCCCCUCGUGCUGCAAAACUGCGGCACCUUUGACUUUAUCAUCAAGCGGAUUUCUGUCAGCGACGACGGCCAUUUGAUCUGGAAGCUGCCCGAGGACCCGGCCAUCAGUCCACCCGACACCACCAACGAUUUUGACGCCGAGCGUCCUCAGGACAUUGAAGUCGACUGGGACGAAGUUGAUCUCCUCAAGCGAGAGGAGCGGAGCAGCAAUCCGUUCUCGGACAAGCACGGAUCUUCACCCGGCCAGGCGCCUUCGCUGACCAUGCGUCGCCGUCGCCAAAAGACCGGCGUGGGUCUGAUGUCAACCCUGAAUGAGCAGGUUACCGCGCGAUUCCCGCCGAUUCGUCUGCCACCCCUACAGUCUCUCCCGAUCCGGCUCACGUUUGGAGGCUUCGAUAAGGGCGACUUUACCAGCACACUCCGGAUCGAUGUUGAGACAAGCCACGGCGAGCACGAGCAGUAUCUCAUAUGGGUCUCUGGAACCAUCCAGCCGCCUCUCCAGCCGUGGGAGAAAAGGCUUGAGAUGGGUAUAUGCGCCGUUCACUGUCGCCAUCGCUCGGAAGUCAAAUUCACCAAUACCGGCACCAUUCCCCUGCGCUGGGUCCUGGAGGCCGAGAGCAUCAAGUACGUACCCAUCCCAAAGUUCGCUCCACAACCUCUCCCAGACGACGAAGCCACAAUCCCGUUCCCAGUCCGCACGUUUCCCCCAGAGGGCACCCUCGCUCCGGGCUGCACCCAGACCGUCGAUCUGAGCUUUUGCCCGAGCAUGCCGCAGUACGAGCUCUUUGCGUACCUCAAGCUCAAGACCGAAGACUUUGCCGAGUCCAUGAUUCUGGUCCAUGGCACGGGCGCCUCGUCCAAGUUGACGAUCGAGACGAACGUCAUUGACUUUGGUGUGCUGCGCGUGGGCGUCAAGAAGCACAUCCGCUUCAAGCUCACCAACCUCGGCAUUCUGCGGGUCAAGUACUUUCUGGAGUGCUCCGAUUCGCAGUUCAUGGCCGAUCCCGAACAGGGACUGCUCGAAGGCGGUGGGCAGAUCGACGUCACAGUCGAGUUCAAGCCCAAGGGUGUCGGCAAACUCAACAGUCUCCUCAAGAUCACGCACCAAUCGCUCGUGGGGGUCUCGCUGGAGCCCCUCCUCGUCCAGAUCAAGGGCGAGGGAAGCUAUCCCGAGCUGGUCGUGCUCACCAAGGAGAUCGACUUUGGCACGGCGCUCUAUCGCAACCGCAACGUCAAACCGAUCCAAGUCAUGAACAAAGGCGCAGCAGAGGCCCACAUUUUGUUUGUCUGCCACCACCCGUACGUCGUGCUAGAGGGCGGGGGCAACGGCGAGGUUGUCUUGGGUGCGUACGAAACCAAAGAACUUCAUGUGGUCUACACGCCUUACAUAGUCGAGUAUCUGAACAUCAAGGCCUUCCUCAAGUCGACAGAUAGCCGUGGCGACUACUUCAUCAUCAACCUCAGGGGCUCUGUCGGCGUGCCCAAAAUCACGCUGACCCCCGCCGAUGCCCUCAAGAACAUUGACUUUGGAGUCUGUCUCCUCAACUCGACGACCAAAAAGUCCUUCACGAUGAAGAACGAGGGCAACAUCACGCUUGGAUACCAGGUGACGCUCGAGUCUCUCAAGCUCGGCAAGGUGCGCGAUGUCGAAGAGACAGCGGAGCUGGCUCGGAGUUUCAAUGAAGUCAAGCUCUCGCCGCUGUCGCAGAUCCUGAUCGAGCCAAGCGAAGGUUUUCUUCAGGUCAACGAAAGUAUGACGAUCGUCUUGUCAUUUCGGCCCAGUGCCCUGGUCGAGGUUGAAUAUUCCAUCCUCCUUAACUGUGACUUCCAGAAGAUGUCUGGGACCGUCCGCGGCAAAGGCGGAAGACCCGUGCUGCGAUUCGAUUCGCCGCUCACGACCAUCGACUUUGGAACCUGCCGCCUCAACCGCAGGUUCCGCAAGAGCAUUACCAUGUCAAACGCCGGCAACCUUGGGGCGAGCUUCUAUGUGCGCCCGGAGCCGCCCAACAAAGACUGGUCCAUAUAUGAUCAGGAGCUGUGGAAUCUGCGCCAGAACGGCGGAUCCGAGCCCGCGGCCAAGGAUGCCCACACUUCUCCAGACCCGGGCUCAGUGCACCGGCCUGACUCGCCAUCGUAUCUGGAGGAGACUGCCACCCCCGCCCCGGAGCCGGUGCCGGAAUGGGUUCAGUAUCUGUCCCAAUCCGGUUUCAAGCUCAUCACCUCGAACGGAUUCUGUAAGCCGCACAGCAAAGAGGAUCUCUUCAUCGAGUACUUCCCUGACCAGGAGCUCGUCGUCUCCAGCCGUCUGCGGGUCUUUUUUGGAGACGAAUAUGAGGAUGUCGAGAUCCGUGGCAAGGCCGCCAUCCCAAAGCUUGCGCUCUACAACGGCACUGCACCCAUGGUCUCGACUGUGCCCCUGCAUCUCGGAGUGCAUCCUAUCAACUCGACCUACACACACAUUCUCCAACUCGUCAACGAGUCGCCCUUUGGCAUCGACUUUCUUGCCCAGCCCCUCGGACUGCGUGAGUUCGAGAUCACGCCGCUCCGAGGGUACAUCGAAGCCGACUCGAGUGCACCGCUCAAGAUCAACCUGACCCCCGAGUCCGAGAGCAAGUUCCAGGUGCUUCUCAAGAUUCUGUGGGAACGCGAGCCUCUCCGGCUCACGCUGAUCGGAGAGGGUGGAAUCGGCAAGCUCGAGGUGGUCUAUGCCGAGGAACGCGAUUCGAGUAUGAAGGGACUCGAGUUUGGCAUGGUCCCAUUCAACAGCGCAUCGGAGAAGCGUCUGUUCCUGUACAAUGUCGGCCUGGUUGAAGUGUCGGUCUACGCCACCAUCGACAACGACGAGUUUGCCAUCACCCAGAUCGGCGAGCCCUUCCAGGUCCAAGGGCAGCGACAGGUCGGGGCCACCCGGGCUGUGAAAAAAAGCAGCUGGAAUUGGGACAGCAGCCUGCGCUGCCGCCUGGUCUCGGGCAUGGGUCUCGAGGUCGCUGUGCAGUUCACGGGGCGGUCGGCCAACACCUCGCUCGGCACGAUCGACGUCAAGUCCGAGUGCGGCCGGUUUCUGAUUCCCCUCCGUGGCAAGGGCGGCACCAUCUCCAUCAGCCACAAGGGCGAUCUGAGCUUUGGAGACAUUGCCAGCAACUUUACGUAUACGCGCAAGCUGGUCAUUUCCAACUCGGGGUCGAUCCCGUGUCCCCUCAACGUCGAGUGGCUGGUGGUCGGCCACUCCAACAGCCUGGGUGCAUCGCUCGUGCGUCUCCACGAAACUUACUCGGCACUCGAUCCGCGGUCUGGCUGGGCCCGCGGCCAGCUGGUGAAGGAGAAGGCCGUCAAGGACCCGCUGUUCAAACCAGGGCCCGAUGUCAAGUUCACGGCCAGGGAACACUGGGCCAUGAUCCGGAAGAUGAUCAAGAAAGAUGCCGUCAUCGAGAUCGAGAAGGUGGCCAGCAGCUCGCACAUGUGGAGUCAGCGUGGCGACUCGGUGCGCUCCGGAGUCUAUCCAACCGCACAAGCGCCGUCUUCCCAGGGAAGCUCGACGUCUGUCGGCGGCAUGGGCGAUGCACCCGGGUAUCCCGAAAGCACCACAAACAGCACGGCGGCACUCGGAACCACCAUCUCCCGCAGCGCCAUCGGGAGUCAGAGCUCGCACACGCUGCUGCUGGGCAAGAACAAGAGCGUCCUCAACAACUCGAGCAACCUGAAGCGACGACAGAUGUUCUUCCAUCUGAUCACGAGCACGCCGCUGACGAGCCAGUCCCAUAGUCUCACCAAACCCUACGUCAAAGUCGAGCCGGCUUCGUGUGUGCUGCCGAGCUUUGGCAGCGUGACCCUGAAUGUGGAGCUGAACCUGUCCACCGAGGACACCUUCCUGGCGACCCUGAUCCUCAAGCCGGGAAUACCAAACACGCCUGUACACGAGGUUGCGCUCACGGCAACACCCAAGGCCGUCAACAUCAUAUGCGACGACACUCGCUUGCUCAACUUUUUCCGCCAGCCCCUCGGACAGCCCGAGACGCUGUCGCGGACCUUCACCAAUGUUGGGCACAAGGAGAUAUCGUACAAAAUCAGCAACAAUAACCAGGGCCUGACGGUGUCGCCUCAGAAGGGCACCCUGAAAGUUGGCCAGAGCGUCACCGUCAAGUUCAUUUUCAAGCCUGUGGACGAGUCGCUUCAGACCUCGGAUAUCACGUUCGAGCCCGAUUGUUCGCAGCACAUUCGGCUGCGCAUGUAUGGAGGUGGCGGAUUCGCAAAGGCUUCGCUGGCGAAAUACCGUCGCUUCGACUUUGGCCACUGCAUGAUCGGAAAGGACACAGUGUCGUUCUUGCCGAUCACAAACGAAGGCAAUGCCAUCCUCCAUCUGACACGAUUUGAGCUCUUCGAGACGGACACAUUCUUCCGGGGCAUCGACUGGCCCACGUCAAGGAUUUCGCUCUUCCCAGGAAAGAGCUACAACCUGCCCCUCGUCUUCAAUCCGCACGAGGAGAGCCCUGCACCAGGUCGUCUAAUCGUGGGAACCAACACAGAGUCGUGGGAGAUUGAGCUGAUCGGGCUCGGCCGUGAGGCCGUGCUCAUUGUUUCGCGGGUGGCGCUCGAGUUCACCGAGUGCCUCAUCGGCAACACCUACGAGCAAAAGCUUGGCCUGAAGAACGUCGGCGAUGUCAACUACCCGGUUUCGUUCACGCUCGAGAAGCCCUUUGCAGACAUUGAGUUUAUCCCGCCUUCGAUGGUGAUUGCGCCGUUCUCGGAAAACCACGUCAUCAUCUCAUACACACCGACGCGCGAAACGAAAAAUCCGGUUGUCAUGACGAUCUGCUCGCCGUAUUCGACCCACACAGUUCCGCUAAACCUCCACGCCGGAACAGCCAUCCUCGAGUUCAACAGCACAAGCCUCGAUUUCGGCAUGUUUGAGCGCACUAGCCAGCCCUCGGUCAUCCUCACCAUGAAGAACUCUGGCACCGUGCGCACCUCCUACCACAUCCGCGACACGACCAAGCCCUCACGCUUCCAUAUCAGCAACGGCCGCGGACACCUCGCCCCGGGCAAGUCGUCCGAGGUCUGCAUCACCCACACACGACAUGAGGUCUGCCAGUUCUCGGAGAAGCUGGUUGUCCGCACCGAGCUGAUCGACAAGCUCUAUUACGUCACCCUCGUCGGGCAGUGCGAAGAGGCUCUUCUUCAGCCGGAGCAAUUCUCCCUUCUGAACAUGGGCAUCUGCCCUGUCCUCGAGCCCACCAGCAAGCCGCUGCAGUUCACCAACUUUGGGCGGUUCCCGCUGUCCUGGAACGUCAAGGCUGCCUAUCCGCUCAAGGUGACGCCGUCGCAGGGUGUCCUCCCUGGCGGAGACACCGAGGAAAUCAAGGUUUCGUGGUGUCCGUCAGGGGGAUACGAGCUGCGGACGCAGAUCUCGCUCAACACCAACAUUGGCGUCUAUGCCAUCAUCAUCCGCGGCAAGGCACUCUUCCCCGAGUUUGUCAUCCAAAACAUGUACAUUGAUUUCGGCAUCUGUGCCGUCGGCUACACCAACCACGAGAGCUUUGGCAUCACCAAUAAGGGCAAAGUCCCGCUCACCUUCUCCAUCCCCCCGCCGCGCGACCCAAGCUUCAAUGUCGUGACGACCGCGGGAUGUCUCCAGCCCAAGCAGUCCGUCACCAUUGGUGUGCUGUUCAAGCCCAUGUCCCUGACUCGCUUCGCGACGAGCUUUGUGGUGGAGUGCAAGGGCAUCAACUACAAGGAGGUCAUUGCUGUGGGCAUCGGCGGCUCCAUGAAGCUCGAGAUCUCUCCGCCAGAGAUCAACCUGGGUCGCUGCCCAUUCGACCUCAGGGUCUACAGAACGGUUCAGCUGAUUAACCGCGGAGACGUGUCGCUGAAGGCAGAGCUCCAGCUGUCAGAUUCAAGCGACACCGAUCGCUGCGAAUUCACCUUCUCGGACUCGGUGGACAUUGGUCCAAAUCGCGCAGCGCGAUGCGUGUACGGCCUGAGGGUCAAGCGGGUCGGCCCCUUCUCGACAGAGCUGCGUCUCAACACGAAGGAGAGGUCCUACAUAAUCCCAGUGAAAGGCGUCGGAAUCAAGAUCAUUCUGUCUGAAGAGAGCACCAAUAUCCUCCAGAACGAACGUCUCAAAGCGCUCCAAAUGGUGGAUCCAUUGAUGAUCGAGAUUCCAGAAACUGGCCUCAGCGACUGGCUCGUCAAGUACAGCAUGCGGUUCUGUCUGGAUUUUGAAAUUGCAUCGAUGAUCGCCGAUCUCACAUCCUCGUUCCGAUCCGAAACCCCCGACUACCAACGAAGCCGGAGAAGCUCGUGGAUCACGGUCGUCGAGGACACUGAGUCCGCGAAUCCGCCGUUGCUCCCGAUACAGUUCCCGGCGAUCUCAGCGCAGUCUGCAGCAUCGCUGUCACAGUUGGCGGAGGACGAAGCAGCACUCAGCGAUGAGCCCAUGCUCACGUCUGGGUUUGACGAGCCCCUUGAAAAAGACACGAUACCGGACGAUCGGUUCGAAGAGCACCGGCCAAGUACUUCAGGUCUCAGACACUCAAAGUCAUCUGGGUCGGCCAUGCCCAUCGUUAUACCCAUACCGCAGCCCGAGAGUACCACCAAAGGCAACAACGACGAGCCGAGCGAGACGUUGCAGAGUCAUGUUGCUGAUCCGGUCCUGGACGUAUUGCCCGCGACGAACCAAGAAACUGUGCAGCCAGCAGAGCCCGAACUGGUCCCUGAGGCGGCAGAGGAGCCGUCUUCGACAGGGCAGCUUCUCCCCGAGCCCCAGCGACCGUGGAGCACCUCGACCACCGUUCCCCUCGCCGAUCAGAAUUCGACUUCUGUCAUGAAUAUCGGGGUCAUCGAGGACGACGACGAAGUGGAGAUUCUUCCUGGCAGCGACCCCCAGCUCGGCCCGGCAUCAGAUACCGCACCACUUGGAUCCGGUCCUCCGAUCGAUGGCCACGAUCGCACCACCGUCGAGCCUGUGCAAACAGCGCCUAUUGUUGAUCCUGCGAUACUCUUCCCGACGACAGAGCCUCCUAACGGACUGGAUGGCAGCAGUCCAGAACAGCAGAAUGCUGUUGCAAGCAGCGCAGCCGUAGCCAUUCCGACGAUCACAGGCACGGAUGCCCGAAGCGAAGAACAAGGCUCGGCCCUCGGCUCGUCAACUAGCCUCACGAAGCUGGCUCUCGUGGACUAUAUGGCAGAGAAGCACAGGAUACUCGACCGACUGACAGAAAUGUCAGAGAAAAUCGCCGAGGGCCUGAGACCAGAGCAUCGCGAGUUCGUCAAACUGACCAAGCGGUUUUCGACCAUGAAAGAGAAUGAGUACAAAUCCAAGACCGUUGAAGUGGACGACCAUGUGGCGCACGAGGUGAUCAGCUACGGCGAUCUGAAGAUCCUGGACAUUGACUUUGGCGAGGUGCUGGAGUUUGUGGGAACGGAAAUGGUGGUGGAUCUGUCCGUGGUCCUGGAGCGGCCGCCGCCCUUUCCGCCGGAACAAGCAUCCACCGCAGUCACCAAGGAUGCCGAAUCGGUCAGCCGCAACUACAUGCCUUUCCCGCCGAUCCUCCGGGCCAAGCGCAACGCAAGAACUGUCGAUGCGCUGGCCGACUGGACCAGCUUUCCUUUGGGCAUUGGCGUUCGGGUCUAUGUUCCGCACAACCUGGAUAUGCCGUGAUGAUCACGACAUGUUCUUACGCAACCGACGCUCUGGCAACGAGAAGCGAACCUUGGGCCAAGGAGGACGCUGGCCAACAAUGUCCACGAUUCUGAAUACACGCACAUUCGCCGCUGCCCAUUACGCCAGCAUUGGCCCUACUCAUCCACUCAUCCCUCAGCGACAAGGUUGAUUGGGCAUCGGGUUUGGCCGUCAACCAAGACGCGUUCCGAGAGUCCAGCAUGUGGAUAUCCGGCAUCGGAGGAGGGUGGUCAAGGUGAACCCAGAAAACCAGCAAAGACGGCGCGACGGCAUGGAUCUCAGCGAAAAAAUGA